UGAUUGGGCCAUGGGAAAAAUAUACCAACAUUUUCAAUUGGUCCUUAGUUUCAAGUUCCGCGAUUUAAACACAAUUACGUGCAAAAUAAGUCUAAAUGAACUGAUUCUGGAUCAGUAUCCGUAAUUUGGUGAUAUGCUAAGAGAAAUUUGGAAAAACCAAGUAGGAUUGCUGUUUAUAUUUGAUGGUUUGGAUGAAUUCAAGGAUAGAAUUGAUUUUGGUGACAGUCAGAGAGACAUUGACCCUCAGCGCACGUGCACAGAUCCCCAAUUCCGGUGUAAAGUGUCCGAUAUUGUGUACAGUUUAAUCCAACACAAGCUGCUCCCGGGGUGUUCAGUGCUAGUGACCACCCGCCCCGCUGCGUUACAUUUAUUGGAAAAGGCGGAGAUCAGCGAUUGGACUGAAAUCCUGGGAUUUGUUGGUGAGGAACGGAAGGAAUAUUUUAACAUGUUCUUUGAAGAUCAGACGGUGGCAGCAGCCGUUUUCAAACACGUGGAGGAGAACGAAAUCCUGUACACGAUGACCUACAAUCCUUCCUACUGUUGGAUUCUCGGACAGGCUCUGGGCCCCUUCUUCAUGAAAACACUCGGUCACUCGUAUCGGAUUCCCAAGACCAUCACCCAAUUAUAUUCCUACUAUAUUUACAACAUCCUAAAAACCCACAGCCGUGAGAUUGAGAGCCCCUGUGAGACGUUAGUGAGGGUUGGCCAGAUGGCCUUCACAGGAGUGGCUGAAAAAAGCAUUGUGUUCACGGAUGAAGAUUUGAGCAUGUACAAACUGCAACCUUCCCAGUUCCUGUCUGGGUUCCUGAUGGAGCUUUUGGAGAAAGAGGACUGUGCCCGGAGCAUGGUGUACACAUUUACACAUCUCGCCAUCCAAGAGUUUGUAGCCGCACUUGUGCGUUUCUUGACGCCAAAUGCACGGGGCAUCCAGAAACUCCUCACUGAAGCUCACUGCUCGACUGACGGGCGUUUUGAGGUAUUUCUCCGUUUUGUCGCUGGUCUCUCCUCCCCAUUGUCAGCUCGGCCACUGGAGGAGUUUCUGGGUCCAUUUACUCAUGAGACAACCUGCCAGGUGAUUGACAGGGUGAAGGAGGAGGUUAAACGUCAGACUGGAAAUGCUGGGAGUGAAGCUGGAAAAAGGAGCCUCCUGAACACGAUGCAUUAUCUGUUUGAGUCUCAGAAUCAUGCACUAGCUCAGCAGACACUGGGACUUGUGGAAACAAUUUCAUUUGGUGGACUGCAGCUUACGCCAAUUGAUUGCGCUGUCCUGUCUCACGUUAUUCGGUUCUGUGGCACGAUUAAAUGCCUCAAUCUGGAGCACUGCCUCAUUCAAUGUGAAGGACUCCAGCGGCUGGCACCCGUACUGCACAAGUGCCAAGAGUUGGGAUUGGGGGCCAAUGACCUGGGGGAUUCCGGAGUGAAACAUGUGUCUGCGGCUUUGAAGAGGCCGGACUGCAAAGUAGAGAAAUUGCGGCUGCUCAGGAACCACCUAGCUCCUCCUUGCGCCAAGGAUCUGGCCUCCGGUCUCUGCGCAAACCGUUCCCUGACGGAGCUGAACCUCAGUGACAAUGAAUUGGGAGAUUCUGGUACGAAACUGGUGUGUGCGGCUCUGAGUAACACUGGCUGCAAAAUACAAAAACUGUGGUUGGGGGGAAAUGGUCUCACAGAAUCUUGUGCCGAGGAUCUCGCCACCGCUCUCAAUGCAAGCAUCUUUCUGACCGAGCUCUAUGUUGGAACUAAUAAACUGGGAGACUCGGGAGUAAAAGCUAUGUGUCCGGCUUUGAGCAACCCGGGAUGUAAAAUACAGAAACUUUGGUAAGUAACGACUGGGAAUUA